AUGGAUAAAGACGAUUCACGGGAGGAGGAUAUUGGGGCCGGUGAGCCUGAAGGCACCCUGGCUAUCGUUCCUGUGAAGGUGAAAACAAAACAGGGUAAUACCAUCAUAACAACAUACGCCUUUCUGGACCCAGGAAGGUCAGAUACGAUUCGUUGGAUUAAGCCAGUCGUUACAGCAAACAGAAUUUCUGUUGUGGAAAUCGAGGAAUUGUUGAAGCAGCAAGUGAAGCUGGACUUUCCAGAACAUCAACACAAGGAGCGUCUGGAAAUGUCAAGAGAGGAUCACAAGUUCAUGGAAAGUGUCUCUAAUUCUGUCAAGUUAGUAGACGGACACUACAGUAUUGGACUGCCAUUAAAGGAAAAAGGACUUGAUUUUCCCAAUAAUAGACGUGUUGCUGAACAAAAAGACAAGGCAAAUCAAAGCAAAAGGAGCUGGUAUAUUCCACACCACGGCGUGUACCAUCCAAAAAAGCGUAAACUGAGGGUGGUUUUUGAUUGCGGUGCAACUUACCAGGGCACAUCUCUGAAUGCACGUCUUCUCCAAGGCCCAGAUUUAACCAACAGUCUUAUUGGUGUCCUUACAAGAUUCCGGCAGAAGAACAUUGCAUUCAUGGCAGAUAUUGAAGCCAUGUUCCAUCAGGUGCCAGAGGAAGACUCAGAUCUUCUCACAUUCUUGUGGUGGCCCGAUGGAGAUCUCAGUAGUGAGCUAGAAGAGUACCAAAUGGUUGUACACAUCUUUGGAGCAACAUCCUCGCCUAGUUGUGCCAACUUUGCCCUACAACAGUGUGCAAGAGACAAUGUGGAUGACUUUAGCCCAGAGGCUGUCUCUUCGAUGCUAAGAAAUUUUUAUGUGGACGAUUGCCUAAAAUCAAUGGAAGACGAGAGGAAGGCAGUGAUAAUCGCUCACGAACUUAAAACCCUGUGCAAUAAGGGUGGUUUCAAGUUAAACAAAUGGGUAAGCAACAGCAGAGCUCUACUACAAACAAUACCAGAGGAAAGUAGAUCAAAGGAAAUCAAGGAUCUGGAUCUGGAUAAAAGUACCCUACCUGUUGAAAGAGCUCUCGGAGUUCAGUGGUGCACGGAAACGGACUCAUUCCAUUUCAAAUUUACUCCUCAGGAUAAACCACUUACCAGGAGAGGUAUUCUGUCAGUAGUGAGCUCUAUAUUUGAUCCGCUGGGUAUGUUGUCCCCUGUGAUCCUCCCUGCAAAGCAAAUCUAG